UAGGCUGAGAUCUAGGGGUCAGGGGAGUGACGUCAAGGCUGUGAUUAUGGGCUGGGGCCAGGUUUGUGGAGUUAGGGGAUUCAGUCAAAGGUCAAAGCGAGGCUCCUCCCGUUCCCCCUCUCUUUACUGGGUCAUUCCCACCCCCAUACAAACAGGCUGGCUCCCAGCUUAAAAACAGGACAUAAACAAAAAAAUCCUCUUCCUUUAAUGGUAGAAUUGUCAUGUCACCAUUUUGCAGCCCUUAUUGGAAUAUUGGUGGUUCUAGACAAGGACUCUCAUUCCCUCCUAACGUCAUGAGAGGGACAACCGGAUUUAAUGUGCCUCCUGCUAGAAGGCACCCUCAACUGAGAGGUCAUUUGCCAAAAAGCGGAACCUGAAUCCGAUCAGACUUGUCUAGAUUCAUACACCAGGUUACCGGAAAUACCAAGGACAGAAUCGCAUCAUCAAAAUUCAGACAGAGGGAAAGUCCACAAGACAAACAACCAUGUUUCUCCAACAAGUGAAUUUCAAGGAAAGAGAAGAAAAAGAGGGAGAGAUUGAGAGAUUAAGGGGAAACCUGCAGAAAUAAGACACUUAGAGAUUUAUCAACCAGCGGCAAUGCCUGCACCUUAUUGGGAUCCUGAUUGGAACAAACUAAAAAAAAAGGAAAUAGCUACAACCGGGGAAAUUUUGACAUGGGUUGAAUAUUCGACCAUGUGCACUGUCCAGGUCAAGUUAGAGCUGGGACAUCGUGCCCAACUACGCAAGAAGCCCACCACGGAGGGGUUCACGCAUGACUGGAUGGUGUUUGUCCGCGGCCCUGAGCAGUGUGAGAUCCAGCACUUCGUGGAGAAGGUGGUCUUCCGGCUGCACGACAGCUUCCCCAAGCCCAAGCGUGUGUGCAAGGAGCCCCCCUACAAAGUGGAGGAGUCGGGUUACGCAGGCUUCAUCAUGCCCAUCGAGGUGUACUUCAAGAACAAGGAGGAGCCAAGGAAGGUUUGCUUCACCUACGACCUGUUCCUGAACCUGGAGGGCAACCCGCCCGUCAACCACCUGCGCUGUGAGAAGCUCACCUUCAACAACCCCACCGUGGAGUUCCGGUACAAGCUGCUGAUGGCCGGCGGGGUGAUGGUAAUGCCCGAAGGAGCAGAAACGGUGUCCAGGCCCAGCCCCGACUACCCCAUGUUACCCACAAUUCCACUCUCUGCCUUCUCUGACCCCAAGAAGACCAAACCGUCCCACGGCUCCAAGGACGCCAGCAGGGAGAGCGGCAAGGCCUGCAAGGCCCACAAGACGACCAAGGAGCACCGGGAGCGGCCGCGCAAGGACUCAGAGAGCAGGGGUGCCUCCAAGGAGCCGGAGCGCGAGCAGGCCAGGAGCGCCAAGGACGCCGCGCGGAAGCUGGGCGAGGGCCGGCCGCCCAAGGAGGAGAAGGCCCCGCCGCCCAAGGCCGCAUUCAAGGAGCCCAAGAUGGCCCUGAAGGAGACCAAACUGGAGAGCAUGUCCCCCAAAGGCGGGCCCCCACCGCCGCCCCCGCCCAAGUCUUCCAGCAAGCGGCCGGCCGCCGCCGACUCGCCCAAGCCCAGCGCCAAAAAGCAGAAGAAGAGCAGCUCCAAGGGGUCCAGGAGCGCCCCGAGCACCUCACCCCGCACCUCGUCUUCCUCCUUCUCGGACAAAAAGCCGGCCAAGGACAAGGGCGGUGCCAAAGGGGAGAAAGUCAAGGCUGAGAACGAGCCCAGGGAGAUCAAAAAGCCCCCGGAGGUGGAGGAGUCCAACUCGGAGGACGAGGCCUCCUUCAAGACCGAGUCCGCCCAGUCGAGCCCAUCCAACUCCAGCUCCAGCUCCGACUCCAGUUCGGAUUCGGAUUUUGAGCCAUCUCAGAACCACAGUCAAGGACCCCUGCGCUCCAUGGUGGAGGACCUGCAGUCCGAGGAGUCUGACGAGGACGACUCUUCAUCAGGCGAGGAGGCCGCUGGCAAGACGAACGCAGGGAGGGACUCCAGGUUGAGCUUCAGUGACAGCGAGAGCGACAACAGCGCCGACUCCUGCCUACCCAGCCGGGAGCCCCCGCCACCCAAGAAGCCGCCCCCCCCCAACAGCAAGACGUCAGGCCGCCGGAGCCCAGAGCCCUGCAGCAAGCCCGAGAAGAUCCUCAAGAGGGGUGCCUACGACAAGGCCUACACUGACGAGCUGGUGGAGCUGCACCGGAGGCUGAUGGCACUGCGGGAGCGCAACGUGCUGCAGCAGAUCGUGAACCUGAUCGAGGAGACUGGCCACUUCAACGUCACCAACACCACCUUCGACUUCGACCUCUUCUCCCUGGAUGAGACCACCGUGCGCAAGCUGCAGAGCUACCUGGAGGCGGUGGCCACAUGACCCUGGGCCGGGUGCCGGGCCGCAUCCCCGGGGUCCUGGGAGGCCACGUCUGGGCCCCGCCUUCCCUCCUCUCUCGACUUGCCCGCCCGCAGCACUGCCUUAGUGACCGCCCUGUCCUCGGCCCACACGGCCAGCUGCACUUUCCUCGUCGGGAGCCUCAGGGCCGAGGGGGCCAGGCCGGCGCUGCUGCUCCCCGACACGCUGGGGCCGUCACCUGGGCCCCCCUUGGAAAGUGGCUUGUGUACUCCCGAAGGGGAAGAAACGUGCCCUGCGGUGGGGGCCUCGCUCCUCGGUGGGGCGUGGGGCGCAGCUUCACUGCCCGGGCCCCUCUGAGAGGCUGGGGCACUGCCUCCGGCCUCCCCCAACGGUUCGGAACACCCCGCCGCGCCCCAGGACCUCAGAGGGCUCCUGCCGCACCAGGACGGGCCCGGCUCGUCCUCCGCGUCAGCCAGACACGGUCCCGUGUCGGCUCUCACUGUGCUGGGACUCCGUGCUGUAUAGUUCUCUCUCUAUUAUAUAUAUAUGUCUGCACUGUAGGUACCGAGUGGUUCCCGGGUGUGCAUUUCCAGGGCAGCAGUGCACGUGGGAGUGGGAGUGGGAGUGGGGGGGGGGUAAGGCGGGACUUGUAGGUUACGAUGUCUCCACUGGCCUUGGCGUCGGGCUGAAGGCCGAGCUGGAGCGCCAGCUCACCCUCUCCAGGUGCAGGGAGGACACCUUCUGCUCCUCCCGGGGCCGGUGAACACUGCGCGCCGCCGUCUCCAGGAGCAGCCCUCCCGGCCCCCAGCCAGCCGCGGGCUGAGACUGGGUCGGCGUCCUGGGGCUCGUCCUCUUCCUCCUUCCAUAGGAUCCUCUUCCUUCUGUUGACCGAGUCUUCGAACUUUG